UUCUCUCCCAAUCCCCUCACCUCCCAUUUCUCUCUCUCUCUCUCUCUCUCUCUCUCUCUAUAUAUAUAUAUAUAUAGCAACUAAAUAAGUCUGGUUUCAUUGCUCCGCAACACUUGAUAUAUCAGAUAUGGGUUCAGUUUUGAUGUUGGUGUUGGUGUUAUUUGGAGGGUUAAUGGGGUUGUUGGAGGCUUAUCAGUUCAACGUUGGUGGGAAAGAUGGGUGGGUCUUAAACCCUUCUGAGAAUUAUAAUCACUGGGCUGGAAGACUCAGGUUUCAAGUUGAUGACACUCUCUUUUUCAAAUACAAGAAAGGAUCAAACUCAGUUUUGGUAGUAACCAAACAAGAUUACGACCAGUGCAAUACCCAGAAACCAAUCAUGAAGCUUGACAACGGUGAUUCAGUCCUCAAGUUCGAUCGAUCUGGUCUAUUCUACUUCAUCAGCGGUGUUAAAGCCAACUGUGACAAAGGUCAGAAACUCAUCACCCUCGUUUUAGCAGUAAGAAAGCAACAAAAGUCACCUCCUCCAAUGGCAGCACCUCCGGCACCGGUGGGUCAGACCCCGGCACCGUCCCCUAAGUCGCCCUCACCAAGCUCGUCAACCCCGUCUCUGUCUCCGGCGGUGUCAACUUCACCGGUGGGUCAGACUCCGGCACCUUCCCCCAAGUCACCCUCACCAAGCGGGUCAAUUCCGUCUCCGUCUCCGGUAGUGUCGUAUGCACCGGUGGGUCAGACUCCGGUACCAUCCCCCAAGUCACCCUCACCAAGCUCAUCAACCCCGUCUCCAUCUCCGGUAGUGUCAACUGCACCGGUGGGUCAGACUCCGGCACUUUCCCCCAAGUCUCCCUCGCCAAGCAUGUCAACCCCCUCUUUUUCUCCGGUAGGGUCGCCGGUGGGUCAGACUCCGGUACCAUCCCCCAAGUCAGCCUCACCAAGCUCGUCAACCCCAUCUCCGUCUCCGGCAGUGUCAACUGCACCGGUGGGUCCGACGCCGGCAGUGUCACCUGCUCCGGCGACUGCACCCAUGACCAACGCUCCGGUGCCCUCUCCGACGUCGAAUUUCUCACCAUCAUCAGCACCGGCGAAUGCACCAGUGUCUACGACUCCGGCCAACACGCCGGCAAUGUCUCCUACUACGGCCAAUACACCGUCACUGUCACCAUCUCCGGCGACUGCAUCAACACCGCCAUCACCGCCUCUUGCACCGUCCACAACGAUAACUCCGCCUCCAUCUUCCUCGGCAUUGUCACCGUCGGGAGCCCCCGGUAGUACUCCGGCGAACAAUAGCUCGACGCCGCCGCCUUCAUCGGCACCGGCAUUGACUCCGGGGGUUGUGUUGGUGUCCUCGAUUACACUCGUUUUGAGUGUGUGCAUGGGUAGUUUUAUUGCUGCCCCAUAGGAACAUAAUAUAUGUAUAUUUCAGUUUGUCAUUUACCAGUUUCUUACAUUGACAGGUAAAUUUUUGUUAUUAUUUUUAAUUUUUUGGGGAGAUUUUUUAGAUUAAGUUAAAUAUUUAAUAAAUUUAUGAGUUAUGUAUUUAAUCACUCUCAUAUAGAAGUUUCCUUUGAUGUAAAAUUGAGAGAUGUUACAUACCAUUUAAAUAUUUUAUUAAAAUACUUUACUUUGGAGU